AUGACUCGUUUAGGAAUAACGGAUUCGUGGGGUGGUUGGAGUAUUUCAGGAGGAAUUGUAACAAAUCCGGGUAUUUGGAGUUAUGAAGGUGUGGCAGGUACGCAUAUUGUGUUUUCUGGCUUGUGUUUCUUGGCAGCGAUCUGGCAUUGGGUAUAUUGGGACCUAGAAAUAUUCUCUGAUGAGCGGAUGGGAAAACCCUCUUUGGAUUUUCCCAAGAUCUUUGGAAUUCAUUUAUUUCUUGCAGGGGUGGCUUGCUUUGGCUUUGGGGCAUUUCAUGUAACGGGUUUGUAUGGUCCUGGGAUAUGGGUAUCCGAUCCUUAUGGACUAACUGGAAAAGUACAAGCUGUAAAUCCAGUGUGGGGUGCAGAAGGUUUUGAUCCUUUUCUUUCGUAG